ACAUUACUGGAUCACAUAGCUUGGGUUUGUAGCAUCCUUGUAGCUCUUCUAGUCCUGUCUUGGAAUAAAAUUGCUAUGAAAGAAAACCAGAAAACAGCUGAGAAGGAAGAAAUGAGAUGUGAUUUUGUACAGAGGGAGAAAAUGUGGUGAACGGGGACCUAGAGGGGGAAAAACCUUUUAAUUUACAGCCUCUCAGCUGGUCUGUUCUAGCUGAGGAUCGAAGGAGGAGGGGUGAAAGGAGUAAUUCACUCUUCUAUUUUCCAUCGGCUGCCUGGAAAACCUUGGAAGGACGUCAGCCGUGGCAACAUUUCUCCAUGAAUAGGAUUCUUGCAGGAGUUCAGGAUCACCCUGAGCAUCAUGGCCCAGGCCUGCUGCAGGACUGAAUCCCAGUAGGGUUGCCUUUGAAACGCACUCGGCUCGCCUCCGCGGCGGCGUCCUGCAAGAGCCAUGUCUCUAACCACUACCAAACCCGACAUGUUCACCUCCACCCAAACCCUGACCCCGUUCCCGGCCCCCACACUCUCCCUCACCACCUUCUUUCCCGUUCUCACAAGUUCAGCAGAACCCAGAACUGAGCCGGAGAACAUGACGUCCAGGACCACCUUCCGCUCCGUCACUUCGUCCGCCAACGACACCGGCCUAAACUCCACACAGCUCCCCAUCGCGUCAGUGGAAGGCGCUGGGGUGGGGAUGGUGCUUGUACCCUUUGGCAUCAUCACAGUCAUUGGGCUGGCUGUUGUCGUGCUUCUGUACAUCAGGAAAAAGAAGAGGCUGGAAAAACUGAGACACCAGCUUAUGCCCAUGUAUAACUUUGAUCCAGCUGAAGAACAGGAUGAUCUAGAGCAGGAACUCUUGGACCACGGACGAGACGGAAGCCCAGCGGGACCAAACUCCAAAACACUGACCACAAGUCAGGGAACAACUCAGAAACCCAGUCGACUUGUUUUCACUGACGUGGCCGAUGCCAUUAAUGCAUGACGACACUCACAUGCUUCGCAGGAAAAAAGGGACACAAAAAUCUGGACAACUGGGAUUCAGGAAUAUUUGUGACCAUGGACCACAAAACCAGUCAUAAGUGUCAAUUUUUCUAAAUUGAGCUUUAUACAUAAUCUGAAAGCUGAAUAAAUAAGCUUUCCAUCGAUGUAUGGUUUGUUAAGAUCGAACAAUAUUUGGCCGAGAUACAACUAUUUCAGUAUAUGGCAUCUGAGGGUGCAAAAAAAUCAAAAUAUUGAGAAAAUCGCCUUUAAAGUUGUCCAAAUUAAGUUCUUUGCAAUGCAUAUUACAAAUCAAAAAUUAAGUUUUGAUAUAUUUACAGAAGGACAUUUACAAAAUAUCUUAAUGGAACAUGAUCUUUACUUAAUUUCCUAAUGAUUUUUGGCAUAAAAGAAAAAUCAAUAAUUUUGACCCAUACAAUGUAUUUUUGGCUAUUGCUACAAAUAUACCCCAGCGACUUAAGACUGGUUUUGUUGUCCAGGGUCACAUUUGCAUUGAUGUUUGGUAUGAUAUAGUACACUGUAAAAAAUAAAAUGUAAAACAUUGGGUUAAUUGCUGCUUAGUUAAUAAUUUCUUAAACCAAAGUUACAACCUGCAGUGUUUAAGGAAUAUUUGCUGAAAAUUUACUCACCUGCCAGGCAUUGAAGAUGCAGAUGAGUGUUUUUUCAUCCAGUCCAGUGGGUCCUCUACAGUGAAUGGGUGCCGUCAGAAUGAAAGUCCAAACAGUUAAUAAAAACAUCACAAUAAUCCACAAGUAAUCCACAUCACUCCCAUCUAUCAAUUAACAUUUUGUGAAACAAUGAAACAAAGCAAUGAAAAAUUCCAUAUCCUGUUGUUCUCACAUCAAAACCAAUUCACAUAUUUGUUUAGAACUGUUUUGGCUUGUAAACAGUGCUUAAUCUGUGCAGAUUUCUCUCCUGAUUCAAACAAGACAACUUUUUCACUGGAGAAAGCAAUAUUAUGGAUAGGGGCUCAUAUUUAAACUUACUUGUGAUGAUUUUAUCAGCUGUUUGGACUCUCAUCCUGACGGCACCCAUUCGCUGCAAAGCAUCCAGAGGAAUUUUUUGCUUAAGAUCAUUACAUUUUUUGACCACUUUGAAUUGACAAAGACCGUGAACCCAGAAUCUGAGUGAAAAUGACAGAAAUUAUUGCAACAAAUAAACAUGAUGAGAAUAUUUUUUACAGUGUACAGUGAUAAGAUUUAUACAGUUUAAGGACACUUGCAAAAACAAGAGUUCUUCACUACUACAAAAGUCAACUGGAUCUGUCCAACAGUUAUGAACACUCAUACAACAUGGACUUUAUUUUAAUCUCUAGCCAUAAUAAGACUCACUUAGAGCCUCAUACAUACAGCAUCAAGAGAAUGGUUUGUAAAAUGUGCGUGAUGUGACAAUUUACAAAAUCAUUUUAGAAAGUUGAAUGAGGCUCACUGUGUUUCUGAAUGACUGAUAAAAUAUUUUUUUUUAAAGAAGGGACUCUACAUGCAACCUCUGUUUGUGAGGAAUCUUUGUUAGUUUGGUGAAUGAGAGAACCACAUGGUUUAUUAUUUAUUCACAGCUGAAAGUGUUUUGUGAACUGAUGUGUUUACGAAAAGGAAGGACAUGAACUUGCCCUGAGAAUAGAAUUUAGCUUUUAAAGCUUUAAAGUUACAUUUAAUUUAUAUCGUGAUGAAGUGUCAGAUGUGACAUCAGUCAGACAGUAUUAUAAAGAUCUUCCAUGUGACAUGAACUCACUGUUUCAGCUGAAACACAAACGUUCUGUCACUGAGCUUGUGAAUCUGUAUAAAUGAUGAAUGUUGACUGAUUACAUGAGAUUU